AUGCCACCCCUCGUCGAAGCCUUCCCCGCCUCCUCCCUCGCCUCCCGCAUCAACCACCUCCCCUCCGGCAAAACCCGCAAGCCGGCCGUCUCAGACCUCACGAAGUGCGAAUUGCGGGAACUGAUCCAGUACCACUGCGAUCUGGAGGGACCCAGGGAGGAUCCGAAGUCGAGGGUGGUGUGUCAGCCCUUUUUGAGGUUGUUUCGGCAGUGCGCGAAUGGGAUGACGGUUGAGACGACGGCUUGGGAGGGGAAGUAUGAUCGGUGA